AUGCAGGAUCAACUCAUUGCAGCCAGCCCUCUGCUGGAGGCCCAUGGUAAUGCCAAGACUGUGAGGAAUGACUCUCGUUUUGUAAGUGGUACAUCAAGUGACAAUUCUGUAUCUGAACAGACUGAGGAGGACAAGAAGAAUUUGAUCAGACUUCAGCAUCUGGUGGACAAGCUGCAGCUCAAAGUCAAGGCUUACAAGAGACAAGCCGAGGAGGCUGAGGAACAGGCCAACACUCACAUGUCCAGGCUGAGAAAGGUCCAGCAUGAGCUGGAGGAAGCUCAGGAGCGCGCUGACAUCGCUGAGUCCCAGGUCAACAAGCUGAGAGUCAAGAGCCGUGAUGCUGGAAAGGGAAGUAACUCUGCUGAAUGA